AUGACAAACCCCGUUCGAGACCCCUUUUUCUCCCCCAAGGCCCGGCUGCACUCGGGCUUCAGCUUUUUAUUUCAUCAAGUGCUGCGGCGGCCUUUGACGCGCUUCGUGAGCGAGGUGAAGACCCUCUUGAAGCGCCGCCGCCGCCGCAACAGCAGCAGAAGCAACAGCAGCAGCAGCAGCAGCAGCAGCAGCAGCAGCAGCGGGAGCAAGAGGCCGCUGGUGGUUGUGUUCACGGGACACUCUCAGGGGGGGGCCAGCGCCUCUCUUGCUGCCUGGUUUGUCUCCAAACAUUUGAAAAAACAAAUUCAAAAAGGAAGGGUGGUUAUUUACUGCAUCACUUUUGCUGCUCCCCUGAUUGGAGACCGCGCAGCAAUAAAGGAGCUGCAGCGCCACGGGGCCAUCUUCCAGCACUUAGUUGUUGAUGUGGAUCCAGUCCCCGAUUUGCGACAGGCCAAGGGAAAGGCCUACAUGGAAAAGGACUACGAACACACCAUCACCCUGCCGAUGCACUCGCUGGCGCGGGCGCUAGUGCGGGAGGAGCCCUCGGGGCGUUUGCUGUUUAGCGGGCUGAGCUGGCUGGGCGCGGAGUACCGCAGCAGCAGCAAAAGGGGGCGGCUGCUGCAGUUUGCUGCUGGGCUGCUGGGGCUGCAGCAGCUGCGGCGCUUCAGCAACAGCAUGGCCCUCGUCUGGACCCACAUGCAUGCGCUGCCUUGCGCCCUCACGCUGCUGGCGGGGCUGCUGCAGCAAAUCAAAUGGAGCAGCUUCUGCAGCAGCGCCUUCCUCCGCACCUGGGGCGGCAGGCCCUACGUCGCCAGCCAGGAGCUAGACAUGGCGCUGAAGGAAGCCUGGUUUAAGGGGCUGCUGCCGAUGGGGGCGCUGCUGGACCGGAGACUAAAAAGAGAUCCGAAGUUUCUUGAACGAGCAGCAGCAGAAGUGGAGCGUGUUUACCUGAAGGUCCCGCAGGAGCAGCAGCUGCAGCUGGCGCUGCAGCUGCAUCUGCAGCUGCAGCAGCAGCAGCAGCAGCUGCAGCAGCAGCAGCAGCAGCAGCUGCAGCAGCAGCAGCGGAGGCAGCAGCAGAGGCAGCAGCAGCAGAAGCAGCAGCAACGGCGGCGCCAGUUCGGAAGAGCCCACUGA